AUGGCUAACAAUAAUAUAUUUCACGCCGUCGAAGAUAUAUUACAAGGUUUAAGUGUUAGAAAAGCUGCCAAAAAAUGGUGUAUUCCUAGAUCAACACUUCAUGACAGAGUUAUAGGAAAAGUGGUAAAUUGUAAAGCAGGUAGAAAACAAAUAUUAAGCCCAGCAGAAGAAAGCCGUUUCGCCGCCUGGCUAAUAGAACGGUCGCGUCUUGGUUUCGGUGUGUCAAAAGAAGAAUUUCUGGAUGCGGUGAAAUCAUUUGUCACCAAAACAGAUCGUAAGACAAUUUUUAAACAAAACAGGCCCGGUAAUAAGUGGUAUCGAGGUUUCUUAAAACGUAAUCCUCAAGUCAAGCUUAGGGCAGCGCGCCCUCUAGAUAAAAAACGGGCUAAAAUCACACCUGGUGAUCUUGACAAGUGGUUCGCGGACUACGAAAAGUUUAUGCAUCAAGUUGGUCUUUCAAACCGCCCUUGCCAAAUAUGGAACUGCGAUGAAACUGGGUUUGAUCUGCAGGGGAGAGCAGGAAAAGUCAUGGGGCCGUCUGAAGAUAAAGAUCAGCCAUACAGAGUGGUAACUGGUACAAAAGAGCACAUCACUGUUUUGCCGUGUUUUAAUGCCAUCGGCCAGUGUAUUCCACCUUACAUUCUCUAUGCUGGAAAGCGAGCUCCCAACAAUUAUAACCCCCUUGAGGGUGGAGUUCCAGGAAGUGUUUUUUCCCUCACAGAAAAGGGCUAUAUGACUGCAGAGACAUUUUACAUGUGGCUAGCGAACCAUUUUAUUCCUAAUAUACCACCUGCAAGGCCAGUCGUUCUUCUGUUUGAUAGUGCUGAGUGCCACAUUGAUUUAGAGACAUUUGAACUGGCAAAGAAAAACCAUGUCUAUCUCUAUGCUCUGCUUAAAAAUGCCACCCACCUAAACCAACCUGCCGAUGUUGGAGUCUUUGGAGCGAUGAAACAGUCAUGGUAUAAAAAUGUGAGAAAGUUCUCGCAGCAGAAUCCGAAUACAGAUAUCAGUAAAAGAAAUUUUUGUUAUGUUUUCAAGGAUACAUGGGAUGAAGUGAUGCGCCCAUCUCUUUUAAUAGAUGCCUUCAAGAAGUCAGGAAUAUAUCCCAUCAAGAGAGAGCAGAUAUCCAAUGACAAGGUCAAAACUUCAGCAGUUUACGAACAGCAGCAGAACACACCCAGGACCCCACCCUCAGAUAUCGCACAGCAAGCAAAGCCUUACACAGAAUCUCAAUUAGAUGUGGCCCUCUCUUUAUUGAGUACUUUUAAAGAAACCCCAUUCCCCGGAGCUGCACAUGCAGAAGAAAGGGCUGUUCCAUCAAACAGCACAUUAGAGGCUUUUGAAAGCAAUCUGAAAACACCAGUUAAAGAAAAGUACAGACGCCGCAUCGAGGAAGGCUACGAUUUGCCAGGAAGUCCCACUUUCAAGGCGUGGAAGUCCCUAUACACGCUUUCGGGUCCAAUAAAGCCUCAAAACAUCCAGCCACAAGAUAGACCAAUGGAAGUAAUAGCAAUGCAACAUGAUUUUUCUGAUAAAUCAUCUUUGGCUUUCGACGAAAUUCUUAGUUACCCGUCGCAACCAUCAACAGGAAAUACCAAAGAGCGCAAAAAAUCUGCGAAAAAAACUAUCCCAAAUUUUUUGAACAGCGAGGCAUCAAUGGCGAUCUUACGAGAUGAAAAAUUAAAGAAAGCUCGGGAAGUUGCUGUCAAGCAACAGAAAUUAAAAGAAAAGGUAGAAAUGAGAGAAAAUCGAAAGAAAGAACAAGAGGAGAAGAAAAGA